AUGCCGGAUGAGAUGCAAGAAGCUCCCUUCAACCAGCAUGGUGUUCGUCUGGAUCGUGGCUUGGCACUGGCAAGAGCUUACAAGACCAUGUGGAAUGCUUCGUUGUAUGGUCCUGUGGCAGCGCAGUCCGAUAUUGCCGUCUGUGACGACCACAAAUCUGUCAACGCGUCCGACUGUGGCCAGAUCGUGGCUGACUUGCGCGAUCGUGGUGCCGACGAGGUUCCGGCGCUCAACGCAACCAGGGGGAAUGGGUUCACAAUCGCGAAGUCGCGGCUGCGGCGCAGUCCAUCUACGACACCUGUACCAAACACUACCGAUGGCAUGGUUGGAGGGAGUCAUGUUGUGAGACACGUCGGCAAUUGUGGAGCCACGGUGACGUUCCUGCCAAAUCCUGUCAACUGA